AUGGCGCUCGAAGACGACAAUCCGCAUCAUGCGGAUUCCAUCGCAUCGAACGAGUCGGACUCGAAACAUCCCGAGAAGAAGAAGAACAAGAGACCAGCGAACACGGCAUUUCGGCAACAGCGGCUGAAGGCAUGGCAGCCCAUCCUGACGCCCAAGACGGUGCUGCCGCUGUUCUUCGCGAUCGGCAUCAUAUUCGCACCUAUCGGCGCCGCGCUGCUGUAUGCGAGCUCGCGCGUGCAGAUGAUCAAGCUGGACUACACCGACUGCGCCAUGGCGGCACCGACAACCGGCUUCGACAGCAUGCCGAAGAGCAAGGUGGACACGCAGUUCAAGUCCUCCAGCAACUCGUCCAAGGUGGCAGCCAUGUGGAAGCGCACAAACAUCAGCGUGUCCUACGACGGAGUCGAGGUGCCAGGCGGCGUCCAAAAGUGCUCGCUGCAGUUCAACAUCCCCGAGUCUAUGGGUCCUCCGGUGCUGUUCUACUACCAGCUCACCAACUUCUACCAGAACCAUCGGCGCUACGUGAAGAGCUUCUACGACAAGCAGCUCCAGGGCAAAGUCUUUACCAACGACACCGUGCACGACUCGGACUGCGACCCGCUGCGCCUCAAUGCCUCUGGUGCGCCGUACUAUCCUUGUGGCCUGAUUGCCAACUCGCUGUUCAACGACACCUUCACCAGCCCGGUCCUGCUCAACGUGCAGGAUGCCAGCAGCGCCAACGAGACGUACAUGAUGCAGAACUCGUCCAAUAUCGCUUGGAGCUCUGACAAGACGUUGUACGGCAACUUCCCGUCCUCUAUGCAGUACUCUGACGUUGCCCCGCCGCCGAACUGGGUCCAUCGCUUCCCCCACGGAUACACCGACUCCAAUCCGCCGCCCAACCUGGCCGAGGACGAGCCGUUCAUGGUCUGGAUGCGGACAGCUGGCCUUCCCACCUUUAGCAAGCUGGCCCAGCGAAACGAUACCACUGCCAUGCGCAGCGGCACGUACCAGGUCGACGUUCUGGACUUUUUCCCUGUCAGCGACUUUGGCGGCACCAAGUCCAUUGUACUGUCCACACGGACCGUCAUCGGAGGACGCAACCAGUUCCUGGGCAUUGCCUAUGUCGUAGUCGGUGGCAUUUGCAUUUUGCUUGGCGCCAUCUUCACCGUCACCCAUGUCAUCCAUCCGAGGAAACUGGGCGACCACACCUAUCUGUCCUGGAACAACGCACCGGCUGCAUCCAAGCAGAAUGCCGGUGCAGUUGGUGGCAGUGCCUCGAUGGCGACGGGCCGUGACAUGGGCGGUGCUGCCUAG